CACUAACCUGCAGCUUCAUAAAUUUGCUUGUUGUCUAUAUGACCUAAUCAAUAUAGUAUUCUAGAAAUGUAAUUUUUCUUAUCUUGUUAUUUCAUUAUAGAUCAUAUGGUCUCCAUAUAAUGGUCUAUCUGUCCCGGCCCCAUACAAUGAGCAAGUUCCUAUGGGUUGUUCUCUGACCUCCAUUUUAUGUAUGGAGAACUCGGUUUUGCAUGAUCCUACACUCAGAGCUGAUGUGGAUCGUCCUUCUGAGAGGAUCUCCUUGUACCGUGAGAAACUCCUUUGUGUUCAUAGAUUAUCUAGGACGAAGGAAAUGAAAAAUUGGUGUGAGAUACAUGCUGAAUUUUGAAGCAUUGGGAUAAGCGUAAGGAUUACUUGGUGAAUCUGAUCGAUGCAGAGGAGUACGUUUCACAACAACAGAAUUUUGAAGGGCAAGAAAAAGAUGAGAGCCCUUCUAAAGAGGCAGAGAGGCAAAUAUUACAGGCUGGCUCGCCAGAGAUCCUUGCAAAUGACACGCCAGAACCUACUAUUAACAUCACCAAACACUCCCCUGCAAUCCAUGGCUCAAGUAAGAAACCUGUCACUGAUGUUAUGCUAGAUGAUACAACGUCUUCCACACCACCACUUUCAUCUGAUGAAGAUGCCCCGCCAUUAUCAUCUUUGCGGAAGAUUAGGAAAAGGAGCGAAGCAUCAGUUGGAGGAGACUCAGGUGGUGGGGACUUCAAAAUAGAUGAGGUAGAACAGUUCUUUGCACAUCUCCCGACACAACUCGAACAAGCUCAAUCCCCAGGAAUUGAUGUUAAGUCACCUGCAUUUAAAAAGCCCCGAUACUCGGCACAAGUACUUGACAGAACCAAAGCUGAAGUUCAGAAGUUGCUUAUGAUGCCUUUGCACGAAGUGGUUCUGCCUGCUAAUUUUUCGGCUUUGAUGGCUGCCCUUCCUAUAUAUGCAGCAUUGCCUCAUCUCUCGGCUGAGAAAAUAGAUGCUCUGAAGGAACUCAAAGAGAAUCUUCAAUCCCUAUUUUUUGAUUUUCAUGCGGCGACGAAGCAGCAAGAGGAGUGUAAUAGUAAGGCUUGCUAGAAGGUAAUCCUAAUCGACGAACUCAUUAAAGGGCAGGAGCUUCACAAUGAUGUCAAACAUCGUCUCAAUAAACUUGACACAUCUAUGAACUCCAUCAGAAGUCAAAUUUCAGAGUUGAAGGUGAGUCUUGAAGAAGCAAAGAUGAAAAGGAGAGACAUUCAGGAAGAAGGAUUAAAUUUGAAAAACACAUAUUCUGCCAAGUUAGCUUCAUUGGCAGAAUUGGAAGCAGAAUUUCUUGAUGUAAAGAAAGAGUUGGCUGAUUCUCAGAUUAGCCAAGCAGAGGUUAGUUGGCAAGACUACAAACAAAAGUUGGUUGGUUUGCGACUGUGAAGUUGUCAAGACUUCUUCCAUGUGAAUUUUGAGAAAAACUGUUGUAUGUAAUGCAUGUACAUAUCUUUUGCUAUCUACUCACCUUGCUCUUGUGGAAUAGGCUUAACUUAAGUUCGUAGCAUUUCUUGAUUUUGUGCAUGUUAUCCUUGGGCAGGGGCCUAUAUCGUUUCAAUUUUAUCGGAUUUCCUUGACAGAGACCUGAACUUGAGUUUGUAAAUUUGGUA